AUGGCUCACUACCACUACACAGAUUCAUCUAUCCAUUGGGUUCCAUUUUUUCCAUUUUAUUAUGUUUUAUCUUUUUGUUCUGCAGAAGAACUCAUCCAUUAUCAUAUUUUCCUUUCUGAUCCUCACUGGAUUCACAGAUUCGCGUUUAUCUAG